AUGUCGUGUCACGGAGGCUCUCAUACAUGGCUGUUUUUUUUUCUUCUACGUGGCGUGUUGCUGCUGUUGCUACUUCUGCCGUUGGAUGCGGGGGAGGAGGUGGUGGUGGUGGCGGCGGCGGCGAAGUCGGCACCCAAAGUGGAGGAAGAGGACUUUUACGAAGUUUUGGGCCUCGGCAAGGAGCGCGAUGAUGCGAGUGAACGGGACAUCAAAUCGGCCUGGCGCAAGUUGUCCAAGAAGCACCACCCGGACCUUGCAGGGGAAUCACAGCGUGAGGUUUACCAGCGGAUUCAACGCGCUUACGAGGUACUUGGGGACCGCAAAAAGCGGAAGGUUUACGACAUUCUCGGCCUUGACGGCGUCAAGAAGAUUGAACAGCCCCAGGAACAGCAGCAGCAACAACAACACAUGCAUUCAUUUUUCUCCUUCUUUGGCGGGGGCCAUCAGCAACAGCAGGUGGACCGCGGUAAGAAUGAGGAUUUGGUUUUACUGGUGCCGCUCGAGGAUGUCUACAGCGGGGCAGCACACACCGUGAAGCUCUCCAAGACAAAAAUAUGCCGCAACUGUCGCGGAACAGGGGCGCGUAGCAAAGAUCAUCUUGUGCGAUGUCCGCACUGCAAUGGGGAGGGUCGAGUUCUGCGUCGUGUGCAACUCGCCCCGGGAUUUAUCCAGCAGAUGGAGCAGCCAUGCGCCCACUGCAAUGGUCAGGGUGUAUUCAUAACAGAAAAGUGCUUGAUGUGUAAGGGCAAGAAGACAGUGCGAAGCACUUCCUCCAUUAGCAUCGACAUUGAGCAGGGUAUACCAGAUGGCCACGUCCUCACAUAUGAGCUGGAGGCGGAUCAACAGCCAAAUCAAGUUCCCGGCGAUGUUCUCUUCACUGUUGUCACCGCCUCCCACCCCCGCUUUACACGUAGCGACAACGACCUUACGGUGACUGUUGUGCUCACGUUGAAGGAGGCAUUACUGGGUUUCAGCAAGUCAUUAACGCACCUUGAUGGCCACGUGGUAGAGUUGGAGCAGUCGGGUGUCACACAACACGGGGAACGACGCAAAAUUGCCGGUGAAGGCAUGCCCAAGCACCAUGUGCCAUCUGAGCGUGGCGAUCUUCAUGUCAUCUUUGAGGUGGAGGUGCCAUCUCUGCUCACAAAGGCACAAAAAGAGGCUCUUGAACGGGCCUUUGGCUAA